AUGAGUAGUCCACGUAAAUUUGCUGAAAAAAUCGCUCUCAUUCAACAGAAACAAGCAGAAGGUGAUGCAGCAUUUAAUACAAUUAUCUAUGAAGUUGAAGCUGCUAAACAAAGAGCUGAUCGUGUAUCAUCAAUAAAAAGUAAAUCGGAUAUACCUGCACAAACAUAUGAAAUACCAAAUGGGAUAAAUAAUUCAGAUAGUAAUAAUUAUGUUAAUCAAUCUAUAAAAAUUGAUAAUAACAAUUGUUCCAAUCGAUUAUUACUACCACCUGAUAAUUCAUCAUGGCGACGAGCUCAUUCGGAUCCAUCUCUUCAUCAAACUGUGAUGCCAACAGUUAUUACACACUAUCAUGCUCAACUUGAUAAUGAAGAUAACAAUCAACAAUUAAAUUUUGAUAUUAAUGAUAUUAAAUAUGAACCAACUUCAUAUAAUAAUGUUCAUAAUCAACCUUCUCAUCAUUUACAAAUAUCAAAUUCACAAUUUCAAUCACAAAAUUAUUAUGAUUUAAACAAUAAUAAUUAUACUAAUAAUGAAACAAAUAUUUUUUAUCCAUCAAUACAAACAUUAUCAGUACCACAACAAACUAUUAUACCUUCAACAACUAAUAAUACAAUUUUAAAUACACGAUAUAAUAAUGUAAAUAAUAAUUCAAAUAUUCUUAUGUUACCACCAAAUCAACAUGCACGUAAUGGUGGUUCAUUACCUGAUUUACGUUGUGGAAAUGUCUAUAAUAAUAAUAAUAAUAAUAAUCAACAAUUAUCAUCAACAUCUAUGACACAACAAUUUUUACGUUCACCUUCACCACAACAAAAUAGUGAUGGAGAUUUAUUUGUUUUGGGUCCACAACAACAAUCACCAUCAAGAAUAGGUCCGUUAAAGCCAAGUCCAAGUAUACGUCGACGCCAUAGUCCAAUUGGUAAUGUUAGACAAUCAUCACCACGUCGACAAACUUCUCCAUCACCUGAUAUGUCUCCAACUCAACAAACUUUUCAUCGUAUUGAACCACAAAGUCCACAAUCUCAAUCAAGUUAUUCGCCACAAAAUUCUCCUAUUUUUUUACAAAGUCCCGGUAAUGAACUUCCAUCAUAUUCAUCACAACAACAACAACAACAAUCUACAGAUAAUCAAAAUACUUAUUAUACAUUACCAAAUCAUUUGGAUCAGAUUACAUUGGAUAAUAAUUUUUACGCUCAACAACAAUCAUCACCACCUUCAUCACAACAACAUAAUAAUUCAUCAUCAACAACAUCUAAUAUAACAAAUGAUCUUCAACAACAAAGAAAUUUUUAUUCACCAUUUAUUGAUGACAUGUCAUCAUCAUCUUAUUGUCAUAAUCAACCAACAAAUCAAAGAAGUCCAACUAUUCCAAAUAUAAUUUUAACUGAUGUUGACAGUUCAAAAUUAGAUUUAUCGAAAGAAUUAGCCAAUGAUUUUUCAAAUUCAUUUGAUAAUUUACUUGAUACAACUGAUUUACAGAUAAAUGCCGAAGAUUUUUUGCUCAAUAUGGCUGAUCUUUCUGUUGAUCCAAUUAAUUGUGAUGAUACAUUUUGUAUGGAACGCUAA